AUGGCCAACAAUCUGCAAGAUGAGGCAGCGUGUACAGUUUGUCUGGAGGUUUUCUUCAGCCCCAUUACUCUUUCCUGCACCCACACUUUCUGCCUUUAUUGCAUGCAAAGUUGGAUGAAAGAGCAGGAGGAUCUAAAAUUGGUCUGCCCCAUGUGUCGAGGUGUCAUUGAGAAUCCUCCUUUGAAGGACUGGCAAAUCGAAGAACUGGCUCUUCUCAUCACACAGCACAGCUCCCGACUGGAGCAGGGUAUGCACAUGAGUGAUGAGUACCUGAAAUUCUGGGAGGAUAUAACUCUGGACCCAGCCACUGCCAACUCCUUUCUUGUCUUCUCUGAGGACCUAAGGAGCAUCCAGUAUGGGAAGAUCUACCAAAACUUGAUGGAAGAUCCCCAGAGAUUCGACUACUGGGCUGGUGUCCUGGGCACCCCGUGCUUCGUCUCUGGUUGUCAUUACUGGGAGGUAGAAGUGGGAGAGGGGAACGAGUGGGCUCUGGGGGUCUGCAAGAUGUCAGUCAACAGGAAGAGGCCAAGUGGUUUCUCCUCUGACCAUGGCUUCUGGAUCAUCCGCAUGAAGGCAGGCACAAUCUAUACCUUCUCUGUCCUAGAAACCAGAAUUCCUGUAAGCCCUGGCCUUUGCCACGUAGGAGUUUUUCUAGAUAUUGAGUUGGAAGAAAUCAAGUUUUUUGAUGUUAGCAAUGAUGUCCUCAUCUACACACACAAUAAUUUAUCCUGUUUAGAGCCUUUGUGUCCGUUCUUCUCUCUUGAGUUGCCCAGAGAAGGUGAGAAGGGUGCCUCCUUGAAGAUCUGUCCAUCAGAAAUGAAUCCCUUUAUAGAAACUUCCUGUGAGAUGAAUGAGGUUUUUGAUGUGAGAAACGAAAUUCAUCCCUUCCUAGAAACUGCCUGUUAG